AUGGCUUCAGUACCACGACGAAUACUUCUGCCAAUUCAAGGUUUUGAGAAAAUGCCUCUUGUCUCACUUAUUCCAGAUGUCGAGCAAAUGGUUUGGAUUGCUGAACAAAAUUGUAAUGAAGCUAAGAAAUAUNUAACAGCUAAUAUUAAUAUUGAUAAUUUUCAGAGUGAAAAGAUUUUAAAUGAUCGAUCUGAUUUACCUGUUAAUGAUAACAAAAUUUCAGAUCAAGAAGAAUUAGUUAUUAUUGAUGAAGUUGAAACAGAAAUUAUACUGGAUUCAUCUAAUGAAAAUAGAGCACUUAUAUCAACAAUUAAAUUAGGAAUUUCAACUGAAUCAACUACAUGGUUUUGCGAAGAUUGCAUCGGCAUGCAUGAAGAAGAAGAACAAUAG